UGCCACCAAGAACCAAGAACCAGCAUGCCACGGGGCGUGGCGUGGUCCAAGGAAGACGACCUCGAGCUCUGCCAUGCGUGGCUCGCCAUCUGCAGCGAAGACACGAGCUCGCGCCGACGACCGCCCGAGCUCUUCGCACGCAUGCACGAGUACAUCGUCGAGCGCAGCAACCGCCCGACGCAGCGGUCGGCCGUCGCCCUCUUGUCGCGCUGGAAGAAGAUCAGCGCGAUUCUCUCGCUCCUCGACGCUGCUGUCGCGCGCGCAAUCGCGGUCAAGUCGCCCAAUGUCGUCGACGACAUUGUCAUCUUGGACGAGCUCGCGGCGAUUCCAGUCGAGAAGCUUGGCGCGGUCGACCGGCGCGGUGUCUUGGCGUGCUGGCGCCUCCUGCGGAAUACACCGGCAUGGUGCCGCUUCCUUCGCUUGCCGCGCGAGCCAGCGACAGACGACGACGCGAACGAUCACACAGAGGAGGCGCCGGCAAAGCGCGCCAAGCGGUCGCCAGACGCCACGCCGCCACGCACGUCUUUUCUGACGAUAUCCGAGGCCAGCAACACGCACGCCUCGCCGACGUCCGAACCGACCGUCGAGUCCGCACAGUCCUCUAACACGUCCUCAGAGGUACCGAACACAUCCUCAGAGUUACCUGCCGUGUCCUCGACCGAGCCUGCCGCGUCCUCGACCGAGCCUCCCGCGCUGUCGGAGGAUCCUUCUACAACCCCGCCACCUGCUGCCGUCUCGGCGCCUGCUACCACCUCCGAGCGAUCGGCAUCUCCUGCCACCGCCAUCUCGGAGCCGCCUGUCACGACCAUCUCAGAGCCGCCUGCCGCCGUCUAUGAGGCGCCCGGCAGGAAUCGUCCGGCCGCGGCCAGGUUCCGCGAGGUCGGGCACCGUAUUCCCCGCGGCGCCUACUCGCUGGCGCCGCACCCACCGGUCCCACAGGCUCCGUUUCGACCCCCCGAAACAGUGUACCGACACCCCGAAACAGUGUACCGACACCCCGACGCAGCGCUCCGAGGCCCGGAAGCAACGUACCACGGACCGGCACCAAGCACACGAUUCGAGCCUGGCACGAGACACGUCGGUGUUGGCGCGCAUCCAAUGGGACCACGGUCGCUUCCCCCCGACGUCGUUCGAUAUCAAGAGGGGACGAGUCCGCCCUCGCUGUGGCCAAAUGCAGAGUGGUCGCCGUGGCCGACGCGCGGCUCCGUCACGACGCCGUCAACCGAGAUGCACGUGCGGGUGCUAAGCGAGCGCAACCAGCUGGACGAGUGGACGUUUAUGGCCCGUGUGUUUGAACACGACCCGGACGCGCCGGACGCGAUUGAAUUCCGGCGCCUCUUGCGCUCGUCGAUGCUCCAACGCGCGCGCCAAUUGCACGCAAAUGGCAACUCGUUCUUGGACCCUCGAAGCACGAACGAUGGCAACGUGCAUGUAUAAUACACCGCCUCCAC